UCCACAACACAGCAAGGAGGCCAGUGAGGCUUGUGGAGGGGAGUUGGUGAAAGGGACUGGCUCUCUACUUGCUGCAAGGAUUUCUCACUGUUUAGCUGGCUGUGCUCCCUGCCUCUGCCUCUCAGCAAUCUGCUCCAGCACAUACACUCUCACAGGCACUUUCCUCCCUGACUCUUUUCAGUCCCAACACUUUCCUAAAUCCAGAGCUGCUGCCUACCCAACUUAAAUGGGCGCAGCCCCCAGCUGUGGCUGAGAAGUGGAGACUGGGCUACGGAUCAACAGCAGGAUUCCUCAAGGAGUUGGAUGUAUAACAUGAAGAAUCCUCAGAGACAUGUGGGGCGAACAGAUCAGAUGCUGGGUGCUAUGGCUGAUAUCCUAGGAUCUUUUGUACUUCCAAGUCAUCAAUGGAUUUCCGACACUUGCACAGAUGAUUCUUCUGCACCUGAACAGAGCAGUAAUGAGGAAAAUGUGGAGGAGCCAGGAACCACAGAUGCGGAAGAAGAUCAAAACAAUGUGGAGUCAACAGAGUCCGCCACCAGUCCGCUAUUACCUCCCGAAAACACAUGCCCUGGCAUUGGUAGGACUCGACGACUUUCAGAUUUCCGUGCAUGGUUUACUGAAAAUUUUCGUCAUUUUUCAGAAUCCGAAGAAGAAUCCUACUCUAUUGCUGGCAGUGAUGGCAGCAUAUCAGCUUCAGUGGCUUCCAUUCAACCUCAGCCCUCCACUAGUUCUGCACCUAGUUCCCCGGGAUCCAGGAGGUCUGUUAGUACAUUGAAGAAAUGGCUGACAAACCCAGUGAGAAAAUUAAGCAGUGGCAGCCGCCUUGAUCAGCGCCAGAAGAAAAUUGAAAGUAGGCCAAAAAGAGGCACGCCUGGCCGGAGAAGGAGCGCCGAUGAUGGGGGAAGAGCGAGCUUUGACCUUGGGGUUUUGCGGAAGAUGGAGGACUUCACCCAGGGAGAAGACAAGAGUUCGGAAUGGAAAGAGCAUGAAAAUCCUAACAAACAUAACUUGCCUGACUUAUCCUUUCUGUGUGACUUGCUUCAAGGAGCGACCACAGAACCCAAUAAUAAGGAUCCGCACACGUCCUACCUCUCAGACUCCAAGGAGGAUGAAUCUAUAGCUUCUGAAACAUCAACAUCUGUCGCUUCCUUCUAUCCCCCUGAAGAAACAGAAGAAGAAAGGAAGAGUGCCUUAGAAAAGAGUAUGUAUGUCUUAAUGGAAUUAAUAGAAACUGAGAAGAUGUAUGUCGAAGACUUGGGCCAAAUAGUAGAGGGUUAUAUGGCGACCAUGAAUGCUCAAGGAAUUCCUGAGGACAUGAAGGGAAAAGACAAAAUUGUAUUUGGAAAUAUUCACCAGAUAUACGACUGGCACAAAGACUAUUUCUUAGGUGAACUUCAAAAGUGCCUUGAGGAUCCCAACCGAUUAGCACAUCUCUUCAUAAAACAUGAGCGCAGGCUGCACAUGUAUGUGGUAUAUUGCCAGAACAAGCCCAAGUCGGAGCACGUUGUGUCAGAAUAUAUUGAUACGUACUUUGAAGAAUUGAGGCAACAGCUGUCACAUCGCCUGCAACUCAAUGACCUACUUAUUAAACCCGUGCAGAGGAUCAUGAAGUACCAGCUGCUGCUAAAGGACUUCCUCAAGUAUUACAGCAAAGCCGGACAAGACACGACAGAACUGGAGAAAGCAGUGGAAGUGAUGUGUUUUGUCCCUAAAAGAUGCAAUGACAUGAUGAACCUUGGCCGGCUGCAAGGGUUUGAGGGGAAAAUCACAGCUCAGGGGAAGCUUCUCCAACAAGACACAUUCAUGGUAACAGAACAGGACUGCAGUUUUCUGACAAGGGGAAAGGAGCGGAGGGUCUUCCUCUUUGAGCAGCUCAUAAUCUUUAGUGAACCCAUUGACAAGAAAAAGGGGUUUUCAUUGCCUGGGUACAUCUUUAAAAACAGCAUCAAGAUUAGCUGUCUAGGAAUUGAAGAACCUGUGGAUAAUGACCCCUGUAAAUUUGCACUGACAUCACGAGGUACAGAUCGCAACUUGGUGCGUUACAUAUUGCAAUCCUCUUCUCCUGACAUUAGAAUGGCCUGGGUUCGAGAGAUUGGGCAGAUACUGGAGAGCCAGCGUAACUUUCUUAAUGCACUUCAGUCGCCUAUUGAGUACCAACGCCGAGAAAGCAAGUCCAAUAGUCUCGGCCGAACCAUUAACAGCAGCAUGAUGGAUAAAAGUCACGGGGGCCUCAGACCUCAUUCAUCUGCUUCUAUGGAUAGAAAUAAAGUGCCCAAUCUCAAGUCAUAUAACUCUUCCCUGCCAUCCCUUUACUUGCCCAGCAACCCUCGUGAGGGCCGACUUGGAAGCAAGGCUCACGCUCCUCGUAAGGGUUCACACUCAGAUGUCCUCCCCUCAGCAGUUCUUACCCCAGCACACAUCAGUCUUGAUUUAAAUCAUUAUCCGGAGUCCUCCACUUCUACUGUCUCCAAUGGAACCCCACAAAGUGACCCUAACAGUCGGAAGCUCAGCACAUUGUCCCGGGAGCUCCCUGGCUACGCCUCACCCCCAGAUGAAGCGAGUAUACCUGUUCCUCGACUAGCAAAGUUGGAUGAGGAUGAACUGUGAAUAUUGUACAGGGUCAAAGUAGUUCCCUGGAUUAUGAGAAUGGAUUUGUGUCCUGGGAGUAGUAAACAGAAGACUUGUACUCCUGUGUUCGGAAGCAUGUGAGAAGGGAACUCACCUUAUUUUUACCUUUGCCAUACUCUACAGUCCGAUGUCAGCUCUGUAAGAAACUAUGUUUAUAUUAUGACUUCUGGAAAGUCCUAUCAAGUCCUGUGCUCACUGUGUGCUCAAGCAUAAGAAGACUUCUUCAAAUCCUAAGUCGAGAGAGACUGAAGGAAACAUAUGGUAUACCAAUAUAUGGCACUCUGUGACAGUGGGUUUAAAUAAGCGAAGACUUGAGUUUCUCAAUACCUAAGAGAAAAUAUGUGACUAUUUCAUCCAUUACCAAAUUCAGCAGAGAGUGAUCUUUGGAUUCAAAGUGUUCUGCUGACAACUUGACAAUCAUAGAAACUGGGCAGAAUAUUACAACCUUUCUCUGAGUAACUGAUGGGCAUCUUGGUGGGCAGUCACAAAAUAUUAAAGUGAUGGAAAUGCCCUGCCUUGAACCUACCUAGGUGUGUGUAACUUGCUCUCUGUGGAAGAGGCGUUUUCCUGUAGGCUUCACUGAGAUGAAUUAAUUUCCAUUUGUACAUUGUAUACACCCUGAAGUUUCCACAAAGCGUACGAGAGAGUACGCAGAUCAUCAACAAUACAGUGUCCCUAAACAGCUGUGCAAUACACAUAUACUAAUCUUUUACGCUACACUCCACAGUAUAUGCACAUACACAUUUUGGAUGAAUUAUUUGUUUAUAUAGGAGACUGAUAUCCAAAGUUUAUGUCCUAUCAUGGACAACCCCUUCCAUUGGCUUGUAUGAAUUUAAGACAGAAGAAUAUAUUGUAUGGAAACAUUAAUUGACUUGAUGUAACUCCCAUUAGAUCCCACUCUACUUUUAGCCUGGUUUCUUCAAUGGCUUUUGAAAUCUUUUAGACCUUAU